UCGCGUUCGUCUUUCUCCCCCCACCUUUCGGUCACUGGGUGGCGGGGCUUCUUCGCUCCCGUCCCGAGCUUAACCCAGGCGCGAUGGCUCCGCCCGAACUCUACCACAAAGAAUUUGCCAACGCGGGCCGGAAAGCCGGGCUCCAGAUCUGGAGGGUGGAACAGCUGGAGCUGGUGCCCGUGCCCGACCCUUUGCACGGCAAUUUCUACGUGGGCGACGCCUACCUGGUGCUCCACACCUCCAAGCGGAGCAACGCCGUCUUCUACAACCUCCACUACUGGCUAGGAAAAGAGUGUUCCCAGGAUGAAAGCACCGCAGCUGCAAUUUUUACAGUUCAGAUGGAUGAUUAUCUUGGAGGAAAACCUGUGCAGCAUCGAGAAAUCCAUGGAUAUGAAUCUACGCAAUUUGUUGGGUACUUCAAAGAUGGCAUUAAAUAUAAGGCUGGUGGUGUUGCUUCUGGCUUUAAGCAUGUCAUCACAAAUGACCUCAGUGCUCAGAGACUUCUGCAUAUCAAAGGCCGGAGAGUGGUUCGAGCCACUGAAGUUCCUCUUAGCUGGGACAGCUUCAAUAAAGGAGACUGCUUCAUUGUAGAUCUUGGAAAGGAGAUAUACCAGUGGUGUGGCUCUACAUGCAAUAAAUAUGAGCGCCUCAAAGCUACUCAGGUUGCUGUGGGCAUUCGAGACAAUGAACGGAAUGGAAGAGCUCAGCUGAUUGUUGUUGACGAAGGAAGUGAACCAAAAGAACUCCUAAAGGUUCUAGGGCAUAAGCCAGAACUCCCAGAGGGUGAUGACAAUGAUGAUAAGGCUGCUGAUGUUACUAACAGGAGAAUUGCUAAACUGUACAUGGUAAGUAUAGAAUCCUCUGCUUUCCGUUGGCUUAUUGAAAGCAAAACACAGUUGAGCUAUUUCUCUGAUCAGCUCCAGCUGAAGUACAGUAGAACUGAGGAAUAUGUAUACGACCAGAUAGGUAAAGAUGCUAAUCCAGCUGAGAGGAAAGCAGCCAUGAAAUCAGCUGAAGAAUUUAUUCAGCAAAUGAAGUAUCCUGCCAAUACUCAGAUUCAGGUUCUUCCAGAAGGAGGUGAAACACCAAUGUUCAAGCAAUUCUUUAGAGACUGGAAGGACAAAGAUCAAGCUGAUGGCUUUGGGAAAGUGUACGUCACAGAGAGAGUGGCAAGAAUUGAGCAGAUUGAAUUUGAUGCUACCAAGUUACACGAGUCUCCACAAAUGGCAGCCAGGCACAACAUGGUAGAUGAUGGUUCUGGGAAAGUUGAGAUCUGGCGUGUUGAAAGCAAUGGCAGAAUCCCUAUAGAACCUGAGACUUAUGGGCAAUUUUAUGGUGGUGAUUGCUACAUCAUACUCUACACCUAUCCCAAAGGUCAGAUAAUCUACACAUGGCAAGGUGCUCGUGCAACUAAAGAUGAAUUGACAACGUCGGCAUUCUUGACUGUCCAGCUUGAUCGGUCUCUUCAGGGACAUGCUGUCCAGAUCAGAGUCAGCCAAGGCAAGGAACCUCCCCACUUGCUGAGUUUGUUCAAAGACAAGCCACUCAUUGUUUACAAGGAUGGCACAUCCAAGAAGGGUGGCCAAGUGCCUGCACCUCCAACCCGUUUGUUCCAAAUCCGCAGAAACCUAGCAUCCAUCACCAGGAUUGCAGAGGUUGAUGUUGAUGCAGCUUCAUUGAAUUCCAAUGACGUUUUUGUCUUGAAACUGCCAAAUAAUUCUGGAUACACCUGGGUUGGCAAAGGAGCAAGCAAAGAAGAACUGAAAGGUGCUGAAUAUGUAGCCGGUGUGCUGAGAUGCAAAACCUCGAGGACUGAAGAAGGCGAAGAGCCAGAAGAGUUUUGGAGAGCCCUUGGGGGAAAGAAAGAAUAUCAGACAUCUGCACAAUUACUGACAGAGUCAGACGAUCAUCCUCCCCGUCUUUAUGGGUGCUCUAAUAAGACUGGCAGGUUCAUAAUUGAGGAAGUUCCUGGAGAGUUUACUCAGGAUGAUUUGGCUGAAGAUGAUGUUAUGUUGUUAGAUACCUGGGAUCAGGUAUUUGUCUGGAUUGGCAAAGAUGCUAAUGAAACGGAACGCACUGAAUCAAUCAAAUGCGCUAAAUGUUACAUUGAGACUGAUCCUUCCGGACGAGACAAAGGGACUCCAGUUGUUAUUGUCAAACAAGGUUAUGAGCCUCUGACAUUUACAGGCUGGUUUUUGGGCUGGGAUUACAAUAAAUGGAAAACUGAAUAGCUACAGAAGCCUCAACUGCAGAAUAGAUCUCAGGGCAUAGCUAUCCUUUGGCAGUUUUAA